AUGGCUUCUCGGCCACAGUCAUCCUCUGCUGCCAGCAGUAAUCUUCCGGCUACAAGACUAACAACGGCUACUACUUCUAGGCCACAGACGGGCAGCAGGUCUCGUCCCAGAACCGCGGCGACCUCUACCAGCUACAGUGACAAUGAAAUCAUCUGUGCAAUCAGCGAGUCGCGAGGCGUAUCUCCUACCGUUGGCCUCUCCUUUGUCAAUGUUUCCACUUCUGAAGCUGUCCUCUGCCAAUUUACUGACACUCAAACCUAUGCGCGUACAUGCCACAAGAUCAAAGUCUUUGCACCUUCGGAGAUCAUCUUCAUAAAGACUGCCGAAGAUUCGAAACUCAUUUCGAUCGUUGCUGAGAACCUCGAAGUAGAGAAGGUUGGUAUCGCCAUGACCGGAAUCGAGCGUAAAUACUGGUCUGAAACUAGUGGCCAUGAUUAUGUCCAUCAACUCGCGUUCCCCGAUGACUUGGAAUCGUUGAAGCUGUCUGUCGCCGGGAACUACUUUGCAACAUGCUGUUUUUCGGCAGCCUUGAAGUAUAUCGAUCUGGCGAUGAAGUUGACGUUCGCUCCGCAAACGCUUCGGAUCAAGUUUGAACCCUCGGAAGGCUCGACCAUGAUUGAUCUCUCCACUAUGGCUUCGCUUGAACUGAUCCAGAAUCUCCAAAACGACAAAUCUCGAGAUUGUCUUUUUGGGUUGUUGAACCAGACACUGACACCAAUGGGCGCUCGAUUUCUCCGAAGCAAUGUCCUGCAGCCAUCAACGGAUGCGGAAAAGAUCAGAAAGAGACAGCAAGCUCUCAGCGAACUCACAUCCAAAGAGGAUAUGUUCUUUGCUGUUCGAUCUGCCUUGAAAUCCUUCAUUGAUGCCGAUCGUGUACUUGCCGCGCUUGUCAUCAUUUCAACAAGGCAAGAUUUCCAUUUCAUGGAACAAUCCAUCAACAAUGUUCUCAUGCUCAAGACUCUUGUGGACGAUGUCAAACCGGUCUGUCAGGCUCUCGCCGGCGCAAGCAGCGAAGAGCUGCAGACUAUACGCCAGCUCUGCGACGCAGAAAAUUACACACAAGUGGAGAAUCUGCUCGGGCGCUGUCUGAACAUCGAUGUGCGGUAUUCAUCUAAACCACUCGAGCUACGAAACCAGAGAGUCUAUGGCAUUCAGGCUGGAGUCAACAGUUUUCUCGACGUAGCGCGUCAGGCAUACAAGGAGCUGAACGCAGAUGUCAACGACAUGUUCCAACUUCUUAAGCAAGAGAGCGAAAUCCCUCUCGAACUCAAAUACGAUUCCGACAGACAAUACUAUCUGCGCUUCCCGGCUAGCGAGAUCACGGACAAGCCCACGCCUGAAACGUUCAUCAACACCUACAAAAAGAACAAAUACAUCGAAUGCCAAACGCUGGAUCUUAUGAAGAUGAACCAAAAGAUCAAGGACGCCCACAAUGAAGUCAUCUGCCUGUCCGACGCCACCGUGCAAGAGCUGAUCGACGAGGUCCGGAGCAUAAUCCAUCCGCUCUUCAAAAUCAGCGAGUCCAUCGCCAUGCUCGACAUGCUCGCGGGUUUCGCCCAACUCGUCACGACGUCGAUGAACGAGUACGUCCAGCCUGAGCUCCACUUGGACUCGUUCAUGAUCAAAUCCGGCCGCCAUCCCAUUCGCGAAAAGCUGCAAUACCAACACGACAGAUUUGUGCCCAACGACGUGUACGCCACACCGCAAAACCGCUUCCACAUCAUCACCGGAUGCAACAUGAGCGGGAAGUCGACCUACAUCCGCUCCGUCGCGCUGAUGGCCGUGAUGGCACAGAUCGGCUGCUUCGUGCCUGCCGAGUACGCCUCCUUCCCGCUAUCGCACGAGAUCUUCACCCGCAUCUCCACAGACGACAACAUCGAAGCGAACGUCUCCACAUUCGCCUCCGAGAUGCGUGAAAUGGCAUUCAUAUUGCGCAACCUUUCUCCGCGCAGCCUGGUCCUGGUCGACGAAUUGGGCCGCGGCACCAGCACGACAGACGGACUGGCGAUUGCGAUCGCCAUUGCCGAAACGCUGAUCGAGUCCAAGGCCUACGUCUGGUUCGUGACGCACUUUCGCGAUUUGCCGCGCAUCCUGGCCGACCGCGCCGGGGUCGCCAACCUGCACCUAUCCGCAAACAUCAGCGAGGAUUACUCCAAGAUGACGAUGCGGUACAAGAUCGCGGACGGGUACGAAGAGGAGAAGUUCUACGGCUUGGCUCUCGCGAGGGCGAUCGGACUACCCGGCGACGUGGUCGACGUGGCCACGCGUGUCUCUCAGGCCUUGCACGAGCGGAAUGAAGCGAGGAAGAGAAACCCCCGAGCCACGGCGGUGGCCCGGAAGAGGAAAUUGAUCUUGAAUGUCAAGGAGCAGCUGGGCCAUGCCAGGGAGACUGCCAUCAGAGGCGAGGUCGGUGCGGAGGCGCUGAGGAGUUGGCUGAAGAAGCUGCAGGUGGAGUUUACGGUGCGCAUGCGGGCGAUCGAUGCGGAUGCGGAAGCGGCGGUGGCUGAAGCCGAGGCGAUAAGCGGUCGGGACCAGGCGAGUGAGUACCAAGAGCAGGAAGAAGAAGUAGAAGGUGGUGGAGAGGAGAUGGACGGACAAAGUGAAGACACUUGA